CGGAGAGUUUCCGCUUUGAUCAGAUCCCAACAAAGUUUCUGUGAUGGCAACAGCGCGACCUUUUGUCCUGGUAAUCCUCCUGUCUGUGACUUUAGCAGAUGAUGUCAAAUUAAAAUACAAAGCAGCAACAAAACCAGUGCGACUGUUCACCGAGGAGGAGCUGAAGAGGUACGACGGCAGCGAGGAGGGGCAGCCUAUUUACAUGGCAGUAAAAGGUGUGGUGUUUGAUGUCACUAAAGGAAAAGAGUUUUAUGGACACAGUGCUCCUUAUAACGCCCUGGUUGGAAAGGACUCCACUCGAGCCGUGGCCAAGAUGUCCCUGGACCCAGCAGACCUGACUCCAGACACUGCAGGCCUCACAGAUGAGCAGCUGAAGUCUUUAAAUAAUAUAUUUGAAGGCACUUACAAAGCCAAGUAUCCAAUUGUGGGUUACACCGCUGCACGGAUCCUCAACCAAGACGGAAGCCCCAAUGAAGACUUCAAACCAGAAGACCAGCCUCACUUUCAGAUCAAAGAUGAGUUCUAGCUUCAUCAUCCUUUUCAACAUGGUUUUUAAAAGUCUUUGCAUAAAUGAGCCUCCUGGUUUUUUUUUUUUCUGUAUUUGACCGGAAUC